GACGGUGCUUUGGGCAGUGGCUUUUGCGCUUGCGUAGAGACCGAGGGUGCGUGGUUAGCGUUCUUGUUCUUCGGUUGAGUAGGCGCUGUCUUCCUGCUAGUUUAGGAAUCGUGACCCGCAGUCUCAGUGGGGUAGGGGUGGGCAAGAUUACGGCUCCGAAGCAUGGGUCGGAAGGUAGACAAGGCUUGGGCCCGGUGAAUACGGAGUCGGAAGCGGAAAGCUGCUUUGUCCGGAACCUCCUUGGAGUGAUAGCCAGGAAACCCUUCCUGAGGUGGGAAGCCAAGGGCCUUCCUUCAGAGACCCCCUUCUGAAGAAGAUGUCCCAAGACGGGCCUCUGUUAACGGUGCAGGAGGCCCUGAAGAAAUGCUUCCCGGUGGUGGCGGAGCAGCAGGGCCUGUGGCAGCGCACGGUGCGGGACUGCCAGCCCCUCCUGGCCUCGCUCGCCAACCUGGCGGAGCAGCUGCAGGCCGCGCAGAAUCUGCGAUUCGAGGAUGUGCCAUCCCUUCUAGCCUUUCCAGACUUGCAGGAGCGGCUGAGGCGCAAGCAGCUGGUGGCUGGUGACACCAUCCUGGACAAGUUAGGGGAGAGGCUAGCCACCCUCCUCCAGGUGCGCGACACGGUCAGCAGCCACGUGGAGCGUGUGUUUCAGGUCUACGAGCAGCACGCAGACUCAGUCGGCAUUGAUACCGUCCUGCAGCCUUCCGCCGCAAGUCCUUCUGUGGCCGACAUGCUGGAAUGGCUGCAAGACAUUGAGACACACUACAGGAAUUCGUACCUGAAGAGAAAGUACCUCCUCUCCUCGGUCCAGUGGGGAGACUUGGCAAACAUCCAAGCUUUGCCCAAGGCCUGGGACCGGAUUUCAGAAGAUGAGCACCAAGACCUCGUACAAGAUGUCCUGUUGAGCGUGUCCUUCUUCCUGGGAGAGUGAGGAAGCUGUGUGCUUACCUGCAGACCAGGGCACCACUGCCGAAGACUGGCAUUGCUGCACCCUGGGAUCUUCAAAGGGAUGUCAAGACUGCAGCAUGACACGUUUGCACUGGCAGUGCUUAGAACCUGAGGACUGGGUCUUGGGAGGACUGGUGCCAGAACCUCUGAUCCUGGGUCUUCUCCACGCCAGGCCAUGGCAGAGCACGCAGGCUGCCGUUUGCCCUCUCCUGGGGCUCAGGGAAGCGGUGGAGGCUGAGAGAAAGCAGACAAGGCUGUGCUGAAGAACUCGGUGUCUCCUGUCAGCCCUCAGUCCCCAGGUGGCAGGGAAGGAGAGGAUGGAGGAAAGAGCGGCAGCUGCUCUUGACACCACCCGAGAAGGUGUCUGGUUGACACUGGGUCUUGGCUUUAUAUUUGUGUCAAUAUCAGACUCCUUGAUGAAAAAGAGUUUUGAUGAUUUAAAAACUAAGGGUAAUAUUGAUGGAAAACUCCCUUAAGGGUUUUUGGCUAUGUAUUGGGUCAUUGGAAAAGUCAUGAUGCGUUUUUGCAUAGAAAUGGAAAAAUACCUCAUGACUUUCCCAGGGAUGGGAGCUCCUCACUGUCAGGCCAGUUUCCAUUUCUGGAGUCCGCCACCAGGGGGAGGUGGUGCAGCACGAAGGUCCUGAACGCUUUGUCUUGGAGAGCGCUCUGCAGC